CCCCCCCCCUCUCUCUCUCACACACACACACACGGAUCCACACGCGUGCGCCGACUCGUGUCCAUUUCACUCCCCUCCCCCCUCAGCAUGGCCAGCCCGCUGGUUGCCCUGACAGUCGGGGCGGCCGCCUUGGCUAUUCGUCUGUUCCUGCUCGGCAGCCAAUGGCCAGCUGCCCAGUCGGCCCUCCAGUCGCCGACCGCCGGCGACCACACCGCCUUGCAGGAGGGGGUUUGGCUGUGGACCCGCGGUAUCGAUCCCUACUCCUCGUGGACUUUGCACCAGCCGCCGCUUUCGCUCCUGCCAGCCUACCUGGAUACACUGCUCGGCUCGGCCGGCCGCCCGGUGGCGUCGGCACUGGUGGCCGCGCUGGCCGAUGUGCUGACCGCCCUGCUGGUCAUUCGCUUCUCCCGGUCGGUGCUCGAGCGGACCAUCUCCUGGCGGCGGUCCUUCUUGGUGGCGUCCCCGACGGGCGCCCUCGCCAGCGGCGAGGAUCGCCCCAAAGAUGCCCAACUGGCCGACAGCCAGGCGACUGCCCGGUCUUCGGCCGUGGCCACUCCUGGUGCUCGGUCGCGCGGCCCUCCCGGCGGGCCUUUGGCAGAUGCCGCGCCGGGCCCGGCCGCCGGUGCCGCAGCCCCUGCUGCCGGAGCUGCCGAUGAUGCCGGCUCGCCGGCCAUGCACCACGGGGUGCUCCUCCGGCCCGAGUCCGGUGUCGGACCUGGCCUGCUUGGCGUGGCCUACCUGCUGAACCCCUUCCUUUUGGCGUCGGCUGCCUUCCCGGGCGUCAGCCCCUCCCUGCUCAACCUCUUCAGCCUCGGGGCGCUGGUGGCCGCGGAUCGGGGAUCGCCGCUGCUGGCCGGUGCGGCCCUCGCCUUCGCCGCCUACUUUGGGGUGUACCCCCUGAUGCUGGUGGUUCCAUGUGGGCUGCUGCUGGCACAGCGUGCUCCCGGCCGUCGGGCUGGCCCUGUGGCCGCCAUGCUUCUGGGCCUGCUGCUCGCCGGAGUGGCCCUGCUGGCCGGCUCCCGUGCCUUGAUUGGCUCCUGGACCUUCAUCCAGCAUGUCUACCUCUUCCAGCUCACCAUUCCGGACCUGGCCCCGAAUCUCGGGCUCAUCUGGUACUUCCUGCUGGAGAUCUUUGCCCCCUUUGCGGUCUUCUAUCGUGUGGUGUUCCAGGUGAACAUCCUGAUCUACCUAGUCCCGCUGAGCAUCCGGCUGUGGCGCCAGCCGCUCCUGCUGGCGGCCAUGCUUAUUGCCAUUUACAACCUGCUAAAGCCGUAUCCCGCGGUCGGGGACUACGCCCUGACGGCGGCGGUUCUGCUGGCGCACAUGUGCUAUGUCGGCGACCGGCUUCGGCACACCUUCCUCGUGGGGCAGCUGGUUCUCUACAGUACGGCCCUGGCCCCGGCGCUGUGGUAUGUGUGGGUUGGCUCCGGCGCGGGGAAUGCCAACUUCUUUUUCGCCAUCACGCUGGUCCUGGCUGUGGCCCAGAUCCUGGCCGUGGUGGAUGUCUUGCGGUCCUUCUUCCUGCUGGAGGCGGCUCUAUCGGGCGUGGGUGCCACCAAGGCUGGCCCAGCCCUGGCCGAAAGUCCCGCAGGCCGAGAGUCGCCUGCUCCGCAGCUGGUGUUCAGCUUCAAUUGAGCACAACCGCCCAUGUUUGUGGCAAGUGUAUCGCUGGGUGUCAUUUUUUUUGUCCGCCAAGCGGCCCUGAAUUCAGGCUCACAUCCUGCAUGCAGGUAUCCCCGACAAUACACCACUCCUGUGCCCGUCCCCCC